UUCCACAUUAAACCACAAACUGGCUGCUGUUUGUCUUCUGUGGACACAAAUCAAGGCUUUUUACUGAUUCUCUUGAUGCGAUAAGACAAUAUUGCCUCGUUUUAUAAUGAGGGAAACAUUGUAGACAAUUGUUUCCUCUUGUGCUUUUUCAAAAUGUAUCGCCUUUCAUAGACUUAGGAUAAAAUAAUCAUAUUUCCAACAACCAUACGCUAUCAGUGUAUAAAUAUCUGUUUCACUCCAGAAAUAAAUGAAUACGGUCGUUGUUGUGUUUGUUUUCACAGGGAGGAGGAGGAUUUGAUGGUCUGAAGGUGGAUCAGUUUCAUCGCCACAGAAGUCCCUCAGCAUUUUAAUGUCUUUUGUUUCAUUUGGUUUGAUUUCAAAUGCAUCGAUCAGGCCAGUAGUGUGUUUUUGUUUCAUCAUGCCUCUCGAACUGGACUGUGACGCAGCGACGAACAAAACGAGUCCAGAGGCAGAACAGGAAGUGUGUGAGGUCACACACGAAGAGAGAGUGACAGACACACCAACACGAAGAGUUGGACGACCCGCUCGAAAACGCAAAGCACCAGGAGAGGACAGUUGUGGGCGUGUAAUUGAUGGUGUGGCCUGUAUGAAACAGGCAGGGUGUAACGGUGAAGCAGAGAGUCCGGUUUCACAGAAAAACCUUGAGCAGAAAGACUCCUCCCCUGACUCCACCCACCAGAACAGCACAGACACGCCCCCCAGUGCGGAAGGAGACUCCGCCCCUUCAACUCCACGGAAGAAACGAGGGCGGCGGAAACUUAAGCAGCCGGAGCUACACGUUGACGAGGACGACACCAGCAGCGACACCAGCAGAGGAGAGAGCGACGGGGGUCGUCUGAGGGGCCGGCAGGGCUGGGACAUCAGUCUGAGGAGACGUCCCGUACCAAGAGAGACCUUCCAGGCCGGAGACCCCUACCACAUCAGCCGCAGAGAGAAAGAGGAGUUGCUCGCCCGCUGGAAAAAAGAGAAGGAGGAUAAGGCCCAACUGGUGACCAUCAUGAGUGACAUGAUGGACGACCAAUCAACUGUCAGCUCUCAGAAGGAGGAGGAGGAGCCAGCCAUCAAUCUCCUUUCCAUGCCCACACCUCAGCAGCAGCACACUGGCCCCGCCUCCCCAACGGUCGCCACGACGCCUGAGCCGCCUCCUGUCGCCUGUGGCAACAAAGUGAUGGCGAGAUCCUCGGAGAUGAAUCUGGAGUAUGAGGACGGCCGUGGGUUCGGGAUCGGAGAGCUGGUCUGGGGGAAGCUGCGGGGAUUCUCCUGGUGGCCCGGCCGGAUCGUGUCGUGGUGGAUGACAAGCCGCAGUCGCGCCGCUGAAGGCACCCGCUGGGUCAUGUGGUUUGGAGAUGGCAAAUUCUCAGUGGUGUGUGUGGAAAAGCUGUUGCCCUUGAGUACAUUUUGCACAUCUUUUCACCAGCCCACCUACAACAAACAGCCCAUGUACAGAAAAGCCAUCUAUGAAGUUUUACAGACGGCGAGUAUGCGUGCCGGGAAACCGUUCCCUGCGUGUGCGUCCACUGAUGACUCGGACUCAGGGAACAGUGUUGAAGUGCAGACGCAGCAGAUGAUUGAUUGGGCCAACUCUGGGUUCCUCCCUUCUGGUGCCAGAGGCCUGGAGCCGCCACCAGCGGAGCGGAACCCGUAUACUGAGGUGUAUCCAGAGAUGUGGGUGGAGCCUGAGGCCGCUGCGUACACGGCUCCGCCCCCUGCCAAGAAACCCAGGAAGAACAGUGUCGAGAAACCCAAAAUCAAAGAGAUUAUUGAUGAAGGAACACGAGAGAGACUCGUGCAUGAAGUCAGACAAAAGUGUCGCAAUAUUGAAGAUAUUUGUAUUUCCUGUGGAAGUCAAAAUGUAUCGCUCGAGCAUCCUCUGUUUGUCGGAGCCAUGUGCCAGAGCUGCAAGAACUGUUUCCUGGAGUGCGCGUAUCAGUACGACGAUGACGGUUAUCAGUCGUACUGCAGCAUCUGCUGCGGAGGACGAGAAGUACUCAUGUGUGGGAACAACAACUGCUGCAGGUGUUACUGCGUGGAGUGUGUCGAUCUGCUCGUCGGGGCCGGAUCCGCACAGGCCGCUAUUCGUGAAGACCCCUGGAACUGCUACAUGUGCUGCAGCAGGAACGUCUUCGGCCUCCUGAGGCGCAGAGAUGACUGGACCUCACGACUGCAGCUGUUCUUCGCCAACAACCACGACCAGGACUUUGAACCGCUGAAGCUGUAUUCACCAGUAGCAGCAGAGAAGAGGCAGCCAAUCAGAGUCCUCUCUUUAUUUGACGGCAUCGCUACAGGGCUGCUAGUGCUGAAGGAUUUGGGCAUUCAGGUGGGGCGGUACGUGGCGUCAGAAGUGUGCGAGGACUCCAUCACGGUGGGGAUGGUGCGACACGAGGGAAUGAUCAGUUAUGUGGGAGACGUCAGAAACGUCACACGCAAGAACAUUGAGGAUUGGGGGCCGUUUGAUCUCGUGAUCGGUGGAAGCCCCUGUAACGAUCUGUCCAUCGUCAACCCUGCCAGGAAAGGCCUGUACGAGGGCACCGGGCGUCUGUUCUUUGAGUUCUACCGGCUGCUUCACGAAACGCUACCCAAAGAAGGAGAGGAACGACCGUUUUUCUGGCUGUUUGAAAAUGUUGUCGCCAUGGGAGUCAGUGACAAGAGAGACAUCUCACGCUUUCUGGAGUGUAAUCCAGUAAUGAUCGACGCUAAGGAGGUGUCCGCCGCACACAGAGCUCGAUACUUCUGGGGAAACUUACCUGGAAUGAACCGGCCGCUGACUGCCAUGGUAAAUGAUAAACUCGAGCUGCAAGAGUGUCUGGAACAUGGACGCACAGCUAAGUUCUAUAAAGUGCGAACCAUCACAACUCGCUCAAACUCAAUAAAACAGGGCAAAGACCAGCACUUUCCUGUCUACAUGAACAAUAAAGAGGAUAUCCUGUGGUGCACGGAGAUGGAGAGAGUUUUCGGCUUCCCCGUCCAUUACACAGACGUGUCCAACAUGAGUCGUCUCGCCAGGCAAAGGCUUCUGGGAAGGUCGUGGAGUGUUCCUGUGAUUCGCCACCUCUUCGCUCCGCUGAAGGAAUACUUUGCCUGUUACUGAAGCUCCGCCCACCACACAACGUGAUGGCGUCAUUACUAGGGUUGGGCCCAUAGACGAUGUCAUCAUCCAUCACCGAUGACUGACAGACAUCACAAUGUUGAGCCGGAAUCAUGAUUCACCCCCCCCACCCACCUUCCCCUCUGCGUGCAGUCCAUUUUUUGGGACCACGAAGACGGUCCGUGUAUAACAGCCCAGGCACGAGGUGAAUGUUGAGACAGCGCGAGUCAAGUAGGUGACACUGCUCAUCCGUCCUCGCUCAUCAGCAGCUGAGCAUACUAUAAGAGCUGCGUGGACAGAACAGAACGUGGAAAGUGAAGUAUACAUGAGCCUUUAGUGGUCAGCUGCUGCAGAGCAUGCCAAAAUGUGUGUGCCACCCCACCGAAGUCAUCGUCCAUCGCAAUGUUUCACUGUAGACAUCAUCUGAUGCCAAUUUGCUAGACAUCGCCCCAACCCUAAUCGUGACGUCCCUCCUCUUCCUUUCCUGAUUAACCCAAUAAGCUCCACCUUCUUGAGUUCUUCAUUUUUGCUCAUGGCCUGUGAACGGCUGGUGCUAUCCUAAUAUUAUUAUUCAACCCACUAGACAGCCACACUUCAGAUAUUUAUUUUAAAACCUAACUGGCUCCAGAUUUUUUGGGGAUUUCAGAAUUGUUUUUGUCAUGUUCCAACUGUGACAACUCUUUCUCUCUCACAGAACUGACUUAGACUAAAUAUGUGUGUGUGCAAUUCCUCACUUUGCAAGUGUAUGUUUGUCCGAGCAUGAAAAUAUAGAGCACAAAGCGCUGGAUGACAGGUGUGAAACAGAAGCAGACGCUCUCUGAGUACUCAAAGCAGGCGAAUCCCAUCCCUCGAACCUAAAACGUGUUACGCCAUGAACUAACCAGGUAUGAUAUGGAAACAAGUCAUUUUUCUGGUCUCAGUGAAAUAUGUGGUGAAGAGCUAAAAUCAUGAAAUCAUAGUUAAUGUUUAAUGUACAAAGAAUCUCAAAGAAAAUAUGUCUAGGUCAUAUUUUACUCUGAUAUAAAAGUGAAAAAAAGAAAUUAUAUAAAAAUGUAAAAAAAAAAAAAGAUGGUCCUAAAAUGGGCUAAGGAAAAAGGAAAUUUAUUCUUUGGAUGAAAUUUGGUUAAGAGUGUAUUUUCAUGAGACUGAUUAAGCAGUGCUACCCAUUAUUUCUACUAUUACACAAAUAGAAGUCAGGUUGGGAUAAAGUGGGAUAAAGGGAUGCAGUUCAUCACUUAUUGCUUUGUCAUGUUGUGCCUGGUUAGUAUACGUGUCUGUAACAUCUACACAAACAUCAUUUCACACAUAAACACAUAUUUCCAGUGAGAGAGAAGAUGUGCUUGAAGAAUCAACAAUACACUGUUUACAGCUUGUGCUCUUAAUAUGGUACUACUAAACUACUACAACUACUCACUCUCAACUAACUCCACUGUGGUGGUCUCUCAGUCUCCCUGUCUCUCUCUCAGCAAUACACACACAGCACACAGUCCCAUAUGAUGCCUUUCUGCUGGAGCCUAUCGGGCACAUAUGAGAGAGCUGAGAGCUGUGUAACACACUCAUACACCUGAAGAGGACAGUUCACCCAAAAAUUACAAUUCUGUCAUCAUUUACUUACCCUCAAGGCAUUCCUAACCUGACUUUCCAGCUGCAGUUAAUUUUGGUUGUCAGUUCACAUUUUAAUGCUUAAUCCUGUUCUCUACAUACACAGUUAAGUCAUUAACAACCAAAUUAAGUCCUGAAAAAUUCAGCCGAAUUUACAAAAAUUCUAUGUAGGGUUGCCAGGUCUUGUAAAACAAAGCCAGCCUGGUCCAUUUUUUUUUCAGCGGGUUUCCUUGCAUUGUUGGCAACACUGCUACAGAACCAAACUCAACAACUAGUUGUUCAUUAAGUAUUUAAACCUGUGUAUUUUCUUUAUGUGUAAUGCAAGAAAUCACAGUGAACAAGGUACAAUUGGAAUCAUUAAUUUUGCCAGAUCUUCCUAGAAAAAACAGCAAAUAACAACAUAAUGAGCUUACAUACAAAUGGUUGUAAAUGCUUGAGUUUAAUUCAAAUAGACAAACUAUUACUUUGUAGUAUUACUUUGAUGAGGGGGAAUAAGUGAUGACGUAGGUGUCAUUUUUGGGUGGACUACUUACUUAUUUGUGAAAGAAGUUUAUUUUCUUAAUAAGAUCAUGUUGUUUGCUGUCAUCUCUGAUGCAACACACACCGAUCUUCAGCAUGUAGAAAUAGAAUUACUUGCAUCCGAUUCUGACAGAUUUUUGCUCAACACUUCAGUCCAGCUCCACCACUCUUACUGUAUUUUGGGUUUGUGUGUAUUCAGUCAGGUAUCAGGGAUGUUGUGUUGUUUUUAUCCCCUGCAUGUGUUUCUACUGUUGGUGCAGAAAUUCAAUGGUGCCGCAUUUACUCCAUGGUGCAGCUUCAUGGUGCUUGAUUCUCUCUCUCACUCUCUCCUGGCUUGUGUUCUGCUUCCGGUUCAGCUCGGCUACGUUCACACCGCAGUUGCGUGAUUAUUGGUCCAGAUCUGUUUUUUAAUGAUUUUGAUGAAGCGUCAUGUUAUCAUCUUCCUUUUGAGGCACUAUCAUAUGUUGAAGUGAAUCACGGAAACAUGCAGUGGUUCAUCCAGUUGUUAACAUCACUACUGAUCAAACAUUUGGGAUCAAUACGAUUUUUUUUUUUUUUUAAGAUUAAUAUGUGCAAUCAACAAGAAUUAAUUAAAUUGAUUAAAUGUGACAACAAAGACAUUUAUAACGUUACAUACGAUUUAAACAGUAUUUCAAGUAAAUGCUGGUCUUAAUAAAUAAUGCAACUUUUUAUUCAUCAAAAAAUCAUCACAUGAAGCAGCACAACUGUUUUCAACACUGAUAACAGUAAGAAAUGUUUCUUGGAGGAUCAUGUGACACUGAAGAUUGGAGUAAUGCUGGAAAUUCAGCUGUGCAUCACAGAAAUAAAUAAAGUUUAUUCAAAUAGAAAACAGCAAUUUAACAAUAUUUCAUAUUAUUGCUGUUUUUACUGUAUGUUUGAUAAAGUAAAUGCAGCAUUAGUAAGCAUAAGACUUUUAAAAUGAUUGAAAAAUUUGCCCGAACACAAACUUUUAAUUGCGAUGAUUGAUUUAACCUUGGUGUAAAUUUGAAUAAUUUUUCAGUUCUAUUCUAGACUGUGAGGAGAUUGUAAUAUUUACAUAAAAUAUGUAGAUAAAUGAAAUGUAUUCAAAUGUCUUUAUAGAAAAACUGCUGUCCUAAAGUCAGGGGGACCCCACUGAAAAUCUGGGAUACAAAGUGUAUUUUGAAAAUAAGCAGAUUUAUUUUUAGGAUUUUGAAAAAAUUUUUUUUACAAAAUUAAUUGAAAAAUAUUACUGAUUCUGGAUCAGGCUCUUGCGAUGUGAACAUGGCCUUUCUCUCUCAUGCUGAACAGCGUACGAAUCAGCCUACAUGCUAAUCUACAGGCUGACUGAUAUUGUGUUUCUGCCAUUCUGGUUUUUGACAGUCUUGACAUAUUGAGUGCUCCUUCGCUCAGGAUUCUGGGAAAGUGGCCCAUCUGUGUGAUGUCAUAAAACUGGUCACAUGGUGCUCCCAGAAUCCAGAGUCCUCUUGUGGUGCAAGUGGAGAGUUCACACUUGGGUUACGUGCAAACUGGAUUACUGUAAAACUCUACUGUGUGUGCUGUUUUCUAAUCCUGUUUUGCAUCUGAAAUAAACAGGACUCUGGUGCUCACAGAGAUGUGCUUCGAAAAUUGAGGAUUUUUGUACGAAUUUGCUAAUUCAGUUGGCCCUCGCUGGAGGGAAGAGAUUAUACAGAUCACAUUUCAACCGUGAAAGAAAACUUUUCUGGUUUCUCUCUAACCAAACUAGCACAUUUGACUACUUCUUAUUUGGGGGUUGCACAUUUCUUCGAACUUUUGACUGAUGUGUUGAAAGCUGGUCAACCAACUCAUUACCUGAAUAAUGGUUUUAUUUGCAGUUUAGAUUCAGAUCUAAAUUGUUAUAUCACAGUCUAUGUUGAAAUAUGCUUAUGGCCCACAGUUUAUAAUAAACUUCUGCUAAGAAACUGAACUUAAAAGGAAACAUCCUGCUAUUUAGUCAUUUGAUUGGAAUGUUGUUUAAUAGUAAUUCACUUUGGGCAAACAUGAUGCAUUAUACAUUAUCGUAUUUCAGCCGUUUUUUAUCUAAUUUCAGAAUACAGUAAGUUUUGAGAUCUCUCAGAUCCAUUUAACAAGUUUAAAUGCAAAAAAAAAGGUCAGCGUAUUAUGUCUAGAAAUUACUUUUUUGGUCAAAAAUGAAAACACUCUCCAGAAACCUCUCAGACAAACAUGCACUUCCAGGACCAGCAUGAUGUCUUUUUGAGUUUUUUAGACAAAUCUACCCUAAACUCAAUAUUCUUUUAAUGCUAACCCAAUAAUAUCAGAUAUUUCAUUUCGCUCCAGUAUCAUUUAGAGGCAGAACAUUCGGCUGAUGUUGAAAAGGAACAUCUAAAAUGCAGGAUGUUCUCCUUUUAAGGUUGGCUUGGUAGAAUCCGACUCCUUUAGCAGGAUCUUCAUGGCACUGUGCUGGGUCGAACCGCUCGUAGCCUUAGAGUCUGUUUGUGUUUGUUUGGUGAAGGCUGGUGAAUCUCGUAAUGCAGCGUGAGGUUUGAUUGUUUUUAGUCGAGACUUCAGUGGUAAAUUAAUUGUACAUUGAUAAGUUUUUCCACUUUUUUUAGAAAUUUAUUGCGUUUUGUGUGCUGGGUGUUUUUAAAAUUCAUUUAAAGUAAUUCUGACGUGAUUAUUGGCUAGUGUAUGAUUAUAUGCAUGGCUGUUAUAAUAAAGGGGAUGGGUUGAAGGCGGGGCUGUGAGCUAGUGAUGGGCGUGGCCAAUUAAUGCAAUUACCAGAGAAUUCUUUUCUAUUUAUUGGAGAAGAUGAUUGAUUUGUGAUCCGCUCAAGAGCCGACCAGUAACCUGUUGUCAGCUUUAAAGGAGGCGGGGUCUUGCGUUAGGUUAUUUUAUGAAUAAUAUUGGGAAUAAGAGAAGGUUGUUUCAAAAAGGUGCUAUACAAUUUAUUCUUAAAUGAUAAACUAGAAAAGAAUGAAAUGAAAAUAUAUCAUUGAGAAGUGAUUUGGUCUAGACAAUGACUGUUUUUAUGUUGUGUAGUCUUGAAAAAGCAUAUUAUUCUACUCUUUUAUGAAUAUAUUAACAGAAGACAUUUUAACUUUGUACUUGAUGAAAAUGUCGAAGUAAAAAAGACAAAUACAAAUGUACAGAUUCAUGUGUUUUAGCUUAGACAUUACUGUAGUGGGUGCCUCUCAGUAAGAAACAUUCAUUCAUACUGUAUUCGCAUGUUGCCUUCAGGUCCAACGGAACGAUUAUAGUUACGAGUCGAGCACUAACCAUUGAGAAACUCUGGGUUUUCUUUCAUUUUUGGGUUUUGUGUCAGUUUGCCGCUCUAAUCGGUCAUAAUUUGGUUUUCAUUGCAAUAGCUGACCGGCCGCAUAAUUUAGUUUGGUGUGAAAGCUAGCGAAUCUGAAAAUACUAAAGUCACCAGUUAAUGGGGGGUGGGACUACAUUUCCCAUCAAUCACUGCAGUAGUGUCAAAAAAUUCACCUAAUGCACCUCUUCUGCUCUUGAUUUUCUGCUGAAACGCUUCUUGUGUUUGUCAGGAAGAGAAAUAUGAAAUACAUUUUAUUCCAACCACUUUGCAUCGACUUUCAAAUUCAUAAGUAGGAGCUUCCUCAGAGGACUUGAAGGCAGCAUUACUGUACACUGUUACGUAACUGCUUGGAAGUGAUGGCAAAACUACAUUACCCAACAUUCCUUUCCACAGACUCCUUCCAUGUACUCUUGCUAAGAUCAGACUGUAAUGUUUUUUUUAUGAUUGUCGUUGCCUCAAUAUUUAUUGCCCUACAGCCUUGUCCAUCUGAUCAGUCCACAGGUCUCUCUCUUAUACUUUUUUUUCAUCCACUGUAACACAUUUAUCCUCACCCUCUCUCUCUCUCUCGGUGUGGCUGUAGUUCUGUUGUGUUUCGACGGUCUUUGGAGUGUUAUAGUAGCAGUUCAUCCUUCCAUAAUUCUCUCUGUACGCAGUGAAAGGAAAGAUUGCCGAACACUUCGGCUCCUUUCCUGUGCACUUGUGCUGGGGAACACUUGAAUUAAAUGUACUGUUUUUGUGCUAAAA